UGCAUUUUUUGAGUUUUCUAAUCAUUUUUAAUUUUUUAAGGGCAUAUUUAUAACUGUAUAAUCGCUACAAUAAUGGCAUCCUCAUUUAAACACGUCACCGGAGCCGCAGACAGGGAUUCGAGAAUCGUCAAGCAGCUCGAGUUCUAUUUCAGCGACACCAAUUUACCGUACGAUAAGUUCCUGCAAGCCAAAAUCAGGCUCAACGACGGCUGGGUGCCGAUAAGCGUACUGUUGACGUUCAAAAUGCUGAAGUCCAUCACCAGGGACUCGGCCGUGAUCGCGUCCGCCGUCAAGGACGCCGUCGAUAGCAUCGUGGAAGUCGACGAGACGGGCUUGAAGAUCAGACGCAAACCGAAAAUCGCCGCGCCCGCCCCCGAUCGCCGACUGUUCAAAGACAUCGUCCAACGGUCGAUUUAUUGCAGUGGUUUCCCGAGGACGACCACCGUGGACGAACUGUUGGAGUUUGCCGCCACCUUUGGCGACAACGUCAUCACGAAAACCACCCCCAUGAGGUUCAAGUCCCAGGCGUUUAAGGGUUCCCUUUACUUUACGUUCAGCACCAAAGACGAGGCGGAAAAGUUUUUGGCAAGAGAAUCCGUCGAGUACAACGGCAUGGAAAUAAAGCGUAUGUGGGAGAGUGAUAUCUUGGGAGAUUAUAAAGCGUACAGUCCAUUUAAUUACGAAUAAAAUGCGUCCGCGGGCACAGUCCGUACACACUACCCGUUAAUAUGGGCACACGUCAUUAUAAAGGUUUAAUUUAGUUUAUAUUUCAUUAUCAUUUUAUUUCUUUCUAAUAUAAUAUAAUUUUAUUUCUAACUAAUAUUUUUUUUUCAACAAUUGUUACUUAAGUAAAAACGGUCACAGGUAGUUAUUUUAGUUUUAUUAUUAUUCAUUUGUAUGCAAUUACUUGUUAGUUAUUAUUUUAGUUAUAAAUAUCUGACGAUUAUAAGUAUUGCUAGGUAUAUACCUAGUCUAUGGAUAUAUAUUUCAUUAAUUUGUUAUACUAUUAUUUUUCUUUAUUCUCAAAUAAAUCAUUCAGUUAUCUAAGAACAAUAACUGCAGUGUAAUGAAAUCGUCACAUUUGUUAUGUUU